AGUCCAGCAAGUUAACUCGUGUGAAGCGCACUCACAUUGGUCCUUCCUGGGUUUUGUUAAUUAAUGUUGUUAUAGUCGUCUUGUGUGUUUUGUUGUAUUGUUGUUUUAUUUAUAAGAUCCUCUCGUAAAAAAAAUAAAAAAAAAAUAAUUCAGGGUUCUUAAUAAUAAGAUCAAGAAACCCGACAAAGUGAACGCGAUCCAACUCAUUUAUUAUAAGAGUUGAGUUAGUGUUUUAAGCCAAUUAACUCAAAGUGUUUAAGACUGUGUGUUGACACUCGUCUUCAUAGUCCACUAAUUAUACUCUCCCAUCCAUAAACCGCUUUCACUUUUCUCUUUCUUCUCUUCUCUUCUCUUCUCUUUCUUCCCCAACUCUCUCUCUCUCCUCCAAAUACAGUUAAGCAACAAACCCUUCAACAAUGGCAGAAUUCACAAAAUACCAAUUAGUCCCAAACAAUAACAACAUUACUACAGAUUUUAAAGGCUAUUUCUCUCUUUUCAAAACCAGAAAAACCUCUGCUUUUGUUUAUGGAGUUGUCUUUGUUUUCAUUGCUUUCACUGUUUUCUUAGCCUUUUCUCCUUCUUCUUCAACCAAUACUUCUUCUACUUGGUUUUUCAAUUAUUUUACUCUUAAUUCUACUUCUCCCCCUAAUUUUACUGAUCAAUCUCCCAGAUCUGAUUUCCCCUCUAAUUUUUCUACUAAAAUUAAUUCUUCUAGAUCUCAAAAUUUUGAUUCAUUUCAAUCACCCUUUUCAAAUUUUACAGAUAAUUUGACAGAUACCCAACUUCCUCCUGAUAAAGUUCAAAACUUUAAUCCUAAUUAUACUGAUAUUAUUCCCCAAAUUACCCCAAAUUUGCCUCAAAUCCCCCCAGAAAUCUCUCCAAUUUUACCAAAACAAGAUGAUAACAUAAACCCCACUAAUAAUACUGAUUACCCAAAAAAGCAAACAAAUCAGAGUAGUGUAAUUCUUCCUCAAAUCUCACCAAAAAUUUCCCCUGUUUCUGAAAAACAGAGUAAUCACAGUACUAGUGUAGUAGCAUCUCCCCCUCAAAUCCCUCCAAUUACACCGAAUUGGAGUAUCGAAACGAUAACGAAUUCGACGAGUGCGAAAGGAAGUGGGGAAGAAGGGAAAGAUUUCCCAACUUCAUUGCCAAAGAAAGAGGAUAAUAAUAGUAACAACAGCAGUCACAGUGAAAACGGUGUCGUUUCAGGGGAAGUUCAAAAACAGGGGAAUGAAAAGAAGAGUUUGGUUGCAUCAUUGAUUGGUUGUGAUUUGUAUGAUGGUGGAUGGAUUAGAGAUGAAUCAUACCCGCUUUAUAAACCCGGAUCAUGUAAACUAAUUGAUGAACAAUUUAAUUGUUUUCUGAAUGGUAGACCUGAUAAUGAUUAUCAAAAGCUUAAAUGGAAACCUAAAGGUUGCACAUUGCCUAGAUUGGAUGGAAGGAAAAUGUUGAAAUUAUUGAGGGGAAAGCGACUAGUUUUUGUUGGAGAUUCGCUAAAUCGAAAUAUGUGGGAAUCCUUGGUUUGCAUUCUUAAGAACUCGGCUAAAAAUCCAAAGAACGUUUAUGAAGCUUCUGGCAGGCAUUACUUUCGGAAUGAAGCUUCUUAUACUUUUGUAUUCAAAGAUUAUAAUUGUACCGUGGAGUUCUUUGUAGCUCCUUUCUUAGUCCAAGAAUGGGAAGUCAAAGACAAGAAUGGAACAACCAAGGAAACUCUUCGACUUGAUCUCGUGGUUAAUGACUCCAAACACUUUAAGAGUGCCGACAUUGUAAUUUUUAAUACCGGGCAUUGGUGGACGCAUGAGAAGACAUCAAAGGGGGAAGAUUAUUACCAAGAAGGCAGCAAUGUCUACAAGCAAUUGGAUGUUCAGGAGGCGUUUCGAAAAGCUAUAACAACUUGGGGUAGAUGGAUCGACAACAAUGUUGAUCCUCAAAAGACGCAUGUCUUCUUUCGCGGCUAUUCCAGUACACAUUUCAGAGGUGGGCAAUGGAAUUCUGGGGGGCAAUGUGACAGCGAGACCGAACCUAUUACAAAUGACACUUACCUAGAGAAAUACCCAUGGAAAAUGAAAGUUUUUGAGACGGUAAUGAGGGGCAUGAAAACCCCUAUAUCCUACCUAAAUAUCACGAAAUUGACAGAUUACAGGAAGGAUGCACACCCAUCAGUCUACCGGAAGCAACGCCUCUCCACAGAAGAGAAAAAAACACCAUUGAAAUUUCAAGACUGCAGUCAUUGGUGUCUUCCUGGAGUUCCGGACUCAUGGAACGAGCUUCUUUAUGCUGAAAUGGUAAGAAGGCGAUACCAAGAACAACAACAAAAAAACAAAACUUAAGCCAGUACAACACAGGCCUCCUACGUUUUUGUUCGCCCAGUCGCCAUGAUUAAGUUGCACGAACGAAUCCAAGAGUUUUGCCUGUGAUUAUUUCCAUUUCAGGUAAAUACUUUCAUUUUAUCCUGUUUUAAUAGAUAAAUUAUUUAUGAAAUACAAAGAUGAGAGAAGUAAAUAGGUCCCCUUGUACUACUAGCUCUUUGUUAGGGAAAUUGCUAAAUUCACUCUCAAAAACAUCUUUUACACUCGCUCGGUAAAAUUCACAAUUUAGUGUUCGGGCUAGGUGGAGUGUAAGAAGUGAUUUUGGGAGUGGAAAUAGAAAUUCCCUUUAUGAAAGUAUUUGGCCAAUUUGUGUCGGUGAUUUAAAAGAUGCAGUUGGCAAUUUUGGUGACGUUGACAAAUCGUGUAAUUUAUUGUUAUCUCCAAAAGCAUAGAAUAUACGUAUGUACAUUAUGAUUGCUUUAGUUUGUUCAUCAUUAAUAAAGUGUUUCAAGUGUAGUAUUUAAGUAUUUUUGCCUCAUUCUCUUUGGUAUCGGCAAUUUUCUAUUAUAUACCCGAGUAUAUUGUAUUUAGGCUGUAGGCUUAUUUAUAGCCGUUUCCGCAUUUACGAGGAUUCUACAUAAGCAUAAGAGCAAAACGCAGGUAAAUUUCUAUUAUAUACCCGAUUGUACUGUAUUUAGGCUUUAGGCUUAUUUAUAGCCGUUUCCGCAUUUAUGAGGAUUCUAAAUAAGCGUAAGAGCAAAAGGCAGGUAAAUUUCUAUUAUAUACCCGAGUGUACUGUAUUUAGGCUUUAGGCUUAUUUAUAACCGUUUCCGCAUUUACGAGGAUUCUACAUAAGCAUAAGAGCAAAAGGCAGUUGAUUCUCGCUUGCUUGUGAUUGACAUCGUGAAAAUUGAAUUCUGUUGCCUCAACUUUUGUAAAUUAUGAUAGAUUGGCAAAAGAAUGUUAUGGACAGGCAACAUGUGAUGUAAGGUUUUCAGAAUCUGGCUUUAAUCAUGUUGUAAAGAUAGUUCAAGGUUCGUCAAAAAAAAAAAA